AAAGAAGGUUUCGAGUAAGCGUGGUCUGCUCAGCUGAUCGACCCACGUGUUAGAGUUACGCCUCCUCAAUUGCGACACCGUCUCAAUUCUUCGUACGCUCCCGAUUAAGAAGAAAUCUUGGCACAUAAGAAUUCUCUCUCCUUAUCUCUCGAGAUUACCCGAUCUAGUAAAAUCAGGACGUCGAGUCCACAUUCACGUCAAGUAAAAUCCCUCGUUACAAACGUGUGUCUAACCGGUGAAUGGUAGCGCGAAUCUUUUCGCGGUAAACGAUCAAUAAAGAGCUCCCGGGGAUUUUCAGUCUGUUCAGAGCGACCGCGAACGCACUCUCACGUGAGAUCAGGAAUAGCUGUCAGGGUGACCACGUGUCCUUACGAGUAUCCGGAUAUCUUUGCCGAUCAGUCGAAGAAGUAGCUUGUUAUGAGGCGAAUCGCAGGAUCUAUAAUAUGCGAGAUACCGUACUAGCCAUUUCGUUUGCAUGGAUCCUCGCGAUAGAACGAUGCCUGGGCGGCAAAUUGGAACGGUUUGCUCAUCGACCCAACAACGUUCUCGACGACUAUUACGCCUAUCGUCACAUCUCCAUUAUCCACUUCAAUGUCCCGGAUUGCACGGUCACCGCAGGAUUCAAGUUCACUGUAAAAGAAGAAAAGAUCGGAGGGAUAGGUAGAUGCUCGGCUAGAAACGUUUCCGUGUUCCUGAAAUCCGGUAGCUUGCCGUUCGUGCGGCCGGAUGGAUCAAAGAUCGCGGCGAAACUUAUGAAAGGGAGACGACGGUACUAUGCCCUGGACAUGGAAAGCAACGGGGAUGAAUACAUGAUAAGAAUCGACGCACCCGCGCCGGGCGAUUGGUACGCCAUCGCGUUUCGAUCCUGGAGCGAUCCCGACAAUGGGAAGAUCACGCAACAAGGACUCGGAGCAUCGUGCGACACCGUACUGGACGCAGAAUUGCUCUUGGAGUUUGCCUCUAUAAUUUCGCCAAUGGACCCGAAAUUGGAAUACGAGGUGCAUAUGAACGAGAGCGUGGACUCGGCGGUGAUGCAGCUGUUCAUCCCCGACGAGUUCGUGGACUCCAGUUUGUCGUUGAAGUCGACCUGCGGCGAAGAAUGUCGGAUCGCGGUUCACGUGAUCGCGGAGGAUCAUCUGGCAGGAAUGAUAAUGAACACGACGAACGCCACCGUAUUCUUCAAGCCGUAUUCGGACGCGUUUCACUAUGUCACCCUUCGGUUGCUCUCCGGUGAAUCCUCGAACGUGUCCCUGCAGUUUCUCGAUAACUCCGCCGCGCACGACUCGGGCCAAGUGAAGUCCGUGGAUUUGAUGAGGAAGUCGUUGCCCGAUUUCUUCCUCUUCGAUUACGAGCACCUGCGUGGGAACAGUACAAAGCCGUCGGCGUUCAAUCUGACCUCAGACACCUUGUCCGUCCUCAGUUUCGAAAUUGGUCGAGUGUACGACGUCGGCGGGACAUUGACCCUUGGGUUGAAGCUAGUCGACGUGAAAGAGAAAGAGAAAAAGAGCAUUAUUGUGAUCGCGUGCAUUUCAUUAGGCUAUUACUCGAACAUUACUGCCGGCGGAGGCUGCACUCGUAUGGAGAACACGACAGCUGCGGACAUUUACGUGAACUACACAGGUCCAGCCACCCUUCACAUUCCAUUCCCGGAACCAGGAAUCUGGCACAUAAGUCUGAGAGCGUUCUGCUUGGAAGAAAACUGCCAUUGUGCCGCAACCUGCCUGAACGGGACCGCCUGCGAGGACUGCGACUGCAUGAACCCCUGCAACACCAAGGUGGAGAGCCGUAUCUCUUCUUUACCUUGCAUCGAAGGUCGCUGCAACUCUCACGGCAAGUGUAUGCAUUACAUGAGCGGCGGCUUUGUGUUCGCCGCGUGUCACUGUUCAGGCGCUUACAGAGGCUUCGACUGCGCGGACGACACGUAUGUCCUCAGCAACAGCGACAUAAUAGUCCGGGUGCUGUUGCUAACGUUCAGCAACCUGGCGUUCAUCGGCUCCGUUUACGUGGCCGUUCGUCGGGAAUAUUUCACGGAAGCGAUCGUUUACGCUGCCGUGAUGUUUUUCUCGACGUUCUAUCAUGCCUGCGAGGCCGGCGAGGACGUGUACAGCGUGUGCAUCAUGAGACUGAGCGUUUUGCAGUUCUGCGACUUCUUCAACGCGCUCUUGUCCAUUUGGGUGACGCUGGUAGCAAUGGCAUCGUUCGGGCCGAAGCUCACCGCUUUCUGUCAGAUAACCGGAGCCGUCAUCCUCGCUAUGAGCGCCGAAAUGGAUCGGACAGCCCUUUGGGUGUUUCUUCUGCCAGCUAUAACCGGCUCUGCGCUCAUCGGCCUGUCCUGGGGCAUGAGGUGCAAAAGGAGAGGGACGGUUCGCUAUCCGUCGCGUCCUUACAGAAGCAUUUAUUUUCCGGCUGGUCUACUUCUAGUUUCCCUCGGUCUCGUUUGUUACGCCUUUCUGCAGACAAGAAGGAAUUACUAUAUCGUGCACAGUUUCUGGCACGUGUGCGUCGCUAUAGGAGCUAUACUCCUUCUACCGAAGCGGCAAUACAUGAAAUGAUUGUUAUAUAAAAAUACGUUGUCUCGUACGUGAAAUGAAUGUUAUUGAGAGAGAGAGAGAGAGAGAGAGAAAAAAGAAAGUGUUAUCGUCUCUCGAGGAGAGACUCUCGUUGCCAAUUUAAUGAAAGAAACAGGUACAAAACAGAAUAUUUGUAGCAAUCGACGGUGCUCGUAGGCGACGAUACAUCGAACGUAAUAUAUUAUAAUAUAAUUAUUCAGAGAUCUUAUUCUUGUAAAAGUCGAGUAAUAUUUACAAAAUAGGUAAUUGUUCAACUAUCAAAUGCAUGUUGUCAAGCAAUAUGAAUUUCACGAAAGUAUUAAUUGUAUCGAUGUUAUCUGUCGUUACACUUAAUUAUCGCGCAAUUAGAUAGCUCGAGACAUGUUUUUUUCUUGAAAAUAUUACGCUUGAAAAUAUUGCUUGCGUUUGUUGAAUUUAUUGAUGUAUUUACUAAAUCGAUAUCGCUUUGACAAUGCGUUCAACGAAGAUUUAUGUAGAUUUAAGUAUUUCGCUUAAGGACCAAAGAACUUCUAGGAUAGAAUAUAACAGAGAAAGCCACUAUUUUUUUCGUCAAAAAAAAAAAUGAAAUUGCAUUUUGGUAACGUGAAUUGUAUCAUAGUGCAUCUAUCUAAUUAACAAAUGAACUCGUCGAGAAUUCUCUCGAUGCUUGUUAUGUUCCAAUUCGAAUAUAUAUCGACGGCUCGAUAUCAAUGUCUAACAUUAUUAUUGUGAUUUUAGAAUAUUCACAUUAAUUCUCUCGUCUUAGGAAUCAAAACCCUCGCACGCGAGUCACAUAUGUAUAUUUUAAUGGAAGAAAAGAACUCUAUUUAUAUACGCUCUGAAAGAUAUUGUAUCUAGAGAUAGAUACAGUGUGCAGCAACUCAGUUGUACACUGAGAGAUAAGAAAUCGUUACGCCGUGUAACUCCGUACGGUCCUGUUUUGUCUUACACGAAGAUCGUGUAAACUGACAAGAGUGUACGCCGAAGGAAAGUAUAUACGCUAAACUGCGCGAACCAACGACUCCCGUCAGCACUCUUUGCGUGGGAAACAAUUUCACUUUUCUUGGUUCGCACGUGUGUAAAAUCAAAUAAACGUGAAACGAGAUCUGUUGCAA